CAUACGGCUCGUUUUCACAGCUCUGCUGGUCCGUGUUGGGAUGUUGUAAAGAUCAGCUCCAUCUGUUAGCGGCUCACACACUCAUUUAAACCCAUAGCUCCGCUUCAUUCACAGGCCUGCUCAGUUAUGAUCAUGACGCCGUUUUUAGCGAGUUUUAUUUAUUUGGCGCUGUUAUGUAACGUAAGUAGGAUAUGCUGUGAUAAUGACACAGAAGAGGAUGAGCACGCCAAACACACAUACACGGUGGAGAUGUUCAAUGAUGCCGUCUCUACUGCUCCACACUUCGUCAUGUUCUACGCGCCCUGGUGUGGUCACUGUCAGAGGCUGCAGCCGGCGUGGAAUGAGUUGGCAGAUAAAUAUAACAAUAUGGAAGCUCCUCCAGUGUAUGUUGUGAAAGUCGACUGCACAAAAGACACAAAGUUUUGCUCCAGUGAGCAUGGGAUCCGUGGAUACCCCACUCUGAAGUUGUUUAAACCUGAUCAGGAGGCUGUAAAGUAUCAGGGCCCAAGAGAUCUGCAGGCGCUGGAGAGCUGGAUGCUGAAAACCCUUCAGGAGGAACCUGAAGAACCCCAGACUGAACCUGAGCCUCCCAAAGUCCCUGAACCCAAACAGGGCCUGUAUGAACUCACAGCCACAAACUUCAAAUCACACAUCUCUAAAGGUUCUCACUUUGUGAAGUUCUAUGCACCAUGGUGUGGGCACUGCAAAGCCAUGGCUCCAAUAUGGGAACAGCUCGCCACCAGCUUUGAGCAUUCAGACAGUGUCAAGAUCGGCAAGGUGGAUUGCACUCAGCACUAUGAGGUGUGUUCAGAUAAUCAGGUUCGUGGUUAUCCCACGCUGCUCUUCUUCACUGAUGGAGAGAAGGUUGAUCAGUACAGAGGAAAGCGUGAUCUGGACUCAUUUAAAGAAUUUGUUGAUAAUCACGUAAAAGCUGCUGAAUCUAAAGAUGAACCUGCGAAAGAGGAGGAGCAUGCUCACGAAAUCCCGCCUAGUGCUGAACCUGAAAAACAAGAGUCUAAUGUUCUGGUAUUGACUGAGAGCAACUUUGAUGAGACUGUUGCCAAAGGACUCUCCUUCAUCAAGUUCUACGCUCCUUGGUGUGGUCACUGCAAAAACCUGGCCCCUACCUGGGAGGAUCUAUCUAAAAAGGAGUUUCCUGGUCUGACUGAUGUGAAGAUUGCUAAAGUGGACUGCACCGUGGAGAGAACGCUCUGCAACAGAUACUCUGUGCGUGGAUACCCAACUCUCCUGAUGUUCCGUGCGGGGCAACAGGGGGAGGAGCAUAAUGGAGGGCGGGACUUAGAGAGCUUGCACAGUUUUGUUAUGAAGCAAGCAAGAGAUGAGCUGUAACUCCUCCCUCUUUUUCCACAAUACCAUCUACAUUUACCAUACAGGCAAAUGGACUGCUUUUUCUUCAUUUCUGUCCCUCACCUGCUAGCGAGCACAAUCUUUUCCACAUGAUAAAAUGUGAAUGUACAUGAUUUCAUCUCGGAUCAGUUGAGACUAUUAGCGAUUGCAACUACAGACUUUUGAUUUGACCCUUUCUCCAUUAAAAUAACAGUAGUAUGAUUUAAAAAAGAUCAUUUCAUCAUUUAAGGUGCCUAUUUUGUCAGUUAUAUUUGAGGAAAUUCAGCUUAGUUUGCUAUCAGCUAAGAAAAUAUGACCUCAGGGAGAUCAUGUACCAUUUAAAGAAAACAAUGACAUGCACCUGCUGUGAUUUUCCUUUUUUUUGUUUGUUUCAUUCAGUGUAAAAUACUAUAUGAUACACACUUGCAAACAGCACUUUGACCAUGUACAUGGUUUUUCUGUUGGAGUUUCAAACGUUUAGGUUUUGAACUGGUUGUAUCAUUUAGAAGAUUAAAAAUUAUGAAAUAAACCAGACUAAGGUAGUUUGUUAGCCAGACUGGGAGACCUGCUUAAUCCAGCCAAGACCAAGAUGGAUUAGCUGGUUCAGAAGGUUGGCCGUAAUUAUCAAACAAGGCCAGUCUUAACAAGUUUGCUGGCCAGCAAACCACAUUAGGAUGGUUUAAAAUCUUUGGUUAAUUUGUCUUAUAAAGCUUCUUAAUAUUCUUAUAGGCAUAUGAAUGGGGUAAAUACAUUUAGACAUAUCCCCAAUAUUCCCAUUAUGUAAUACUUUUUUUUGUAAUUUCUCAACACUCAGAAAAGUAAAACAAUGCAAAAUAGAGAAUUUUUUGCUGUAUAAUGACGGUUUAUGGAAAUAUGGUUUACUUGCAGUAAAGGUUGUAAAAGGUUAAAGCAUUUAUGGUACAGUAUUUUUUUUUUUUUCUUAGAUUAUUCUGCAGAUGUGGCUUUUUAUUUUCCCCAUGUAAUUUUUUCUUUAAGUUUGUCUUUUAGACUCACUCUUCCUCUUCCUCACUUCCUCUCUCUCUCUCUCUCUCUCUCUCUCUCUCUCUCUCUAUCUCUCUCUCUGUAAUUCAGUCUUGAUGGUUUUCACAUGCAGUCAACCACUUUUUAAUAUUAUUAGUUAACUGCUUAAAACACUUUGUGAUGGUGAAAUUCAGACACUAUCAUCGCCUGGUAUCAUUGCUUGAAGAAUGCUGAUAGAAUUGUAUGUGUUCUCUGAUGCUCUCCAGUGGUUUCAUUGAUUUAAACAAAUGUAAUUUACAUUUUUCCAUUCAAAUAUUCCCACACUGAGAUGUUUAUUUUUCUCUUUCACUGGAUCUGAAAGAGAAGGAAGGGAAAAGCAAUCAGAGAAACCGCAUAUAUUCAGUGAAGUCUUUAUGGGAGGCACAUGGUCAAGGCCAAACUCACUGAAAAAUGCAGUAUUUUUGUCCUGUGUGAGAGGGGUACACGCACUGCCUGGGGGUUUUUGUACAAAAAAAAAAAAAAAAAAACAGGCAUGUUGUAACAAAUUUCAUAAUAAAAUGUCUUUUUCCAAAAAUA